AUGAGUUCAAAAUCAAAUGGGAUUAAUGAAAAGCUACAAAAUAUGAGUAAUAACAAUAACUUUCGAAGGAAUGAAUUAAAACCACCAACCUUUCCAGCAGUAAGUUCAGCUCAAAGAGUGGCGUCUUCAUCAUCAAAUCUACCAAUUCCAAAUAGACAAGAACCUGGAAGAAGAAAAGUAAUAUUACAACCAGGUCAUUCACCUUUAGAUUGGGCUCAAUUAAACAGAACAACUCCAAAAUAUAAAUUAAGAGGUGUUGAUCCAAAUACACCACCUCCCCAAUGUAUAAAAAUAAAUAAACUUGAAUUACAAAAACAUAAAUCUAAAAAUGAUUGUUGGACUUGUAUAAAUGGUAAAGUUUUUAAUAUAACUCCAUAUAUAAAUUUUCACCCUGGUGGUGUUGAUGAAAUUAUGAAAUGUGCCGGGAAAGAUGGUACUAGUUUAUUUAAUAAAUAUCAUAGUUGGGUUAAUGCAGAUAGAAUGUUGGAAAAUUGUAUAGUGGGUGUAUAUGUUAACUCGUAA